CAGCGACGGCUGCAGCCUCGCUCUGGUCCCUGCGGCUGGCGGCCGAGCCGUGUGUCUCCUCCUCCGCCGCCGCCAUAUUGUCUGUGUGAGGAGAGGGGAGAGCGGCCGCCGCCGCUGCCGCUUCCACCCCAGGUGUCACAGUGUCCAACAAAUAUUUCUGCAUGGUAUUCUGUAUGUCAGCUUCUGUGAUAGAUCCUGAGACUGCAAAGGCAAUAUUCUCUGCCUUUGAAGCUUUCUUUAGCUAGGGCGACAGAUGUGUAAAACAGUACAGUGACAGUGCCAAAUGGAAGAGUUUGAAGAAAACAGGUCUGAAACAAGGUCUUAUCCCCAGCUGCCUCUCAACACAGUGACUGCCAGUUCUCCAGAUAGCAAGUCCAGCUUUGUCCGCCAACCUGUCUGACAUGUCGGGACCCGUGCCAAGCAGAGCCAGAGUUUACACAGAUGUGAACACACACAGACCCCGAGAGUACUGGGAUUACGAGUCACAUGUGGUGGAAUGGGGAAAUCAAGAUGACUACCAGCUGGUUAGAAAAUUAGGUCGGGGUAAAUACAGUGAAGUAUUUGAAGCCAUCAACAUCACAAAUAAUGAAAAAGUUGUUGUUAAAAUCCUCAAGCCAGUAAAGAAGAAGAAAAUCAAGCGUGAAAUAAAGAUUUUGGAGAAUUUGCGAGGCGGUCCCAACAUCAUCACACUGGCAGACAUUGUAAAAGACCCUGUGUCACGAACUCCCGCCUUGGUUUUUGAACACGUAAACAACACAGACUUCAAGCAAUUGUACCAGACGUUAACAGACUAUGAUAUUCGAUUUUACAUGUAUGAGAUUCUGAAGGCUCUGGAUUACUGCCACAGCAUGGGGAUUAUGCACAGAGAUGUCAAGCCCCAUAAUGUCAUGAUUGAUCAUGAGCACAGAAAGCUACGGCUAAUAGACUGGGGUUUGGCUGAGUUUUACCAUCCUGGCCAAGAAUAUAAUGUCCGAGUUGCUUCCCGAUAUUUCAAAGGUCCUGAGCUACUUGUAGACUAUCAGAUGUACGAUUAUAGUUUGGAUAUGUGGAGCUUGGGUUGUAUGCUGGCAAGUAUGAUCUUCCGGAAGGAGCCAUUUUUCCAUGGACAUGACAAUUAUGAUCAGUUGGUGAGGAUAGCCAAGGUUCUGGGGACAGAAGAUUUAUAUGACUAUAUUGACAAAUACAACAUUGAAUUAGAUCCACGUUUCAACGAUAUCUUGGGCAGACAUUCCCGUAAGCGAUGGGAACGCUUUGUCCACAGUGAAAACCAGCACCUUGUCAGUCCUGAGGCCUUGGAUUUCCUGGACAAGCUGCUGCGAUACGACCACCAGUCACGGCUCACUGCAAGAGAGGCCAUGGAGCACCCCUAUUUCUACACUGUUGUGAAGGACCAGGCUCGAAUGGGCUCAUCUAGCAUGCCAGGGGGCAGUACACCUGUCAGCAGCGCCAAUAUGAUGUCAGGGAUUUCUUCAGUGCCAACCCCUUCACCCCUUGGACCUCUGGCGGGCUCACCAGUGAUUGCUGCUGCCAACCCCCUUGGGAUGCCUGUUCCAGCUGCCGCCGGCGCUCAGCAGUAACGGCCCCUUCUGUCUCCUGAUGCCUGAGCAGAGGUUGGGGAGUCCACUCUCUCCCUUGAUGCAGCUUGCGCCUGGCGGGGAGGGGUGAAAUACUUCAGAAGCACCGUGUCUGAACCGUUGCUUGUGGAUUUAUAGUAGUUCAGUCAUAAAAAAAAAAUUAUAAUAGGUUGAUUUUCUUUUUUUUUCUUUCUUUUUUUUUUUUAACUCGAACUUUUCAUAACUCAGGGGAUUCCCUGAAAAAUUAUCUGCAGGUGGACUAUUUCACAGACAAAUUUUUUUCUCCCCUUCCAAAUUCAGUUUCUCAUCACUAAAGAUCAAAGAUAAACCAGCCUCAAUUCCAGCCGCUGUGUUUGGGUGGAGAUUUCUUCCCAUGCUCACCAUUGCUCCCCUACCAUCCCACACCCGGGGGGGGGGGGGGGGUGUACUUCACACUCUUCUCCAGAGAUUACAAAAAUGUAGCUUCUUCAAGGGAGGUGGGAAGGAAGGAGAAAGGGAGGACCCAACCUAUAAAAGCAGUGCACUGCUAGUCACUUACAUCACUUUACUCCAAAAGUGCUUCAGUGGGGUUAUCCUGGUGAAUCUAGUGGAAAUAUGUGUUAGUUACAUUGAGAAGCUAAAAAUCUACCCAAAGUGCAGACAGGUCCUGAAAGCUUCCGUGCAGUUUGAAUCAUGUCUUAUUGACCUAACCUAAAUCCAGCUCAUUUAGUUUGUUUAGUUUAAAACUUUAAUAUCAUCCCUCCCAGACUCCUUACCUUGGUCUUCUGCCCUUUCAUCUCCCAACAUGCUCUAUAGCUGGUAGGAGGGGGAAGGUAAAAUCUUUUUCAGUUUUCUUUGACUUGGCCCUUUUGAAUUCAGUUAGUUAUUGGGCAUAACUUAUUGCUUUUUACAAAAGGAAAACAUUGUCUAUGUAGGUUUCAUGCUAGCAACUCUUUAAGAGCUAAUGAGAGAUGUGGCCACUGAAGUUUAUUUUCAGCUUUCUACCUUCAUUUCCUCCUACCUUCCCCUUCCCUCAUACGCCAUCCAAUGAGAAGACCUGCCCCUCAGGUUUAUAAAUGUAUCUGAGUGGUAGGAGCAGAGCCACUAUCUCCAGUGAAACUGAAAUGGUAGACCUGUAAUUGUGGGAAAACUAAACUCUCUUGUUACAGCCCUGCCACCCCUUGCUGUGUGUAUAUAUAUAAUACUUUGUCCUUCAUAUGUGAAAGAUCCAGUGUUGGAAUUCUUUGGUGUAAAUAAACGUUUGGUUUUAUUUAUCAA